GUCGCCGGGCAAAUUACUCCUUGGAACGCUCCGAUUAUUCUUCUGGCUCUUAAAUGGGGACCUGCUUUGGCCGUGGGAUGUACUGUGGUAACUAAACCUGCGGAGCAGACUCCACGGUGUACUUUGUACAUUGCUGCACUGACUAAAGAAGCUGGGUUUCCUCCAGGAGUUGUCAAUGUUGUUCCUGGGUUUGGGCCCACCGCGGGAGCUGCUCUUGCUGAACAUCCUGAUGUUGCUAAAAUUGCCUUCACUGGAUCUGUUGAGGUUGGGAAAUUGAUAAUGAAGGCUUCGGGAAAUAGUAAUUUGAAGCGCGUGACUUUGGAACUUGGCGGGAAGAGUCCUUUGGUUAUUUUUGAUGAUGUUAAUGUGGAUAAAGCGGUAAAAAUAGCCCACGAAGCAAUCUUCACAAACAGUGGCCAAAUUUGUUUCGCUGCAUCUCGAACUUAUGUUCACUCAAAAAUCUACGAUGAAUUUGUCGAAAAAUCUAAAGACUUGGCAUUGAAAAGAAAAGUAGGGAAUCCCUUUGAUCCGGCUACAGAGCAAGGACCUCAAGUAGAAAAAGAAAUAUUUGACCGUGCGCUCAAGUUUAUUGAAAUAGGAAAAAAAGAAGGCGCGAAAUUGGUCACUGGCGGCGAGCGCGUAGGAAAUAAAGGAUUCUUUAUUCAACCGACGAUAUUCGCGGAUGUCACUGAUGAGAUGACGAUCGCCAGAGAAGAAAUCUUUGGUCCCGUUCAGUCGAUUCUCAAAUUUAAGAGCCUGGAAGACGUUAUCAACCGCGCGAAUGACACGAAUUAUGGUCUCGGGGCCGGUGUUUUGACCAAUGACAUCAACAAGGCUAUCAAGUUUGCUCAAGCAGUAGACUCUGGUAAUGUUUGGGUCAAUCACUAUGGCACUAUUACUCCUUCAGCUCCUUUUGGAGGCUACAAACAAUCUGGAAUUGGCCGUGAAUUAGGCGCAGAAGCUUUGGACAAUUACCUAGAAACUAAAACAAUUUCAAUAAAACUUUCCAGCGAAUAUUAA